AUGGCGGCUAGGGACCGCUUCGGUGCCUAUGCUGAGCCGGGGCAAACACCGCUACAGCGGGCGAUUCGCAAUGCAUGCGAUCCACAAAACUACGAGCCCAAUCUGGCCCUGAACCUUGAAGUGGCCGAUCUUGUCAACUCCAAGAAGGGCAAUGCUCCUCGCGAAUCGGCCAUCGAGAUUGUUCAUCUUAUCAACUCUCGGAACCAGAAUGUUGCCUUGCUGGCAUUGGCGCUUCUCGAUAUGUGUGUGAAGAACUGCGGAUACAAAUUUCACCUUCAGAUCAGCACAAAAGAAUUCCUCAAUGAAUUGGUCCGAAGGUUCCCGGAGCGACCAGCCAUGCGACCCUCGAGGGUCCAACAACGCAUCCUGGAGUCGAUUGAGGAGUGGCGCCAAACGAUCUGUCAGACAUCACGAUACAAGGAGGAUUUGGGCUUCAUCCGGGAUAUGCAUCGGCUGUUACUCUACAAAGGUUACGCAUUCCCUGAGGUUCGUCGCGAGGAUGCGGCUGUGUUGAACCCGAGUGACAAUCUUCGGUCGGCCGAAGAAAUGGAGGAGGAAGAGAAGGAAGCUCAGUCCGCCAAGCUUCAAGAGCUUAUUCGGAGAGGCACACCUGCCGAUCUGCAGGAAGCGAAUCGGUUGAUGAAGGUUAUGGCAGGAUACGACAACCGACACAAGACAGAUUAUCGGGCAAAGGCUGCAGAGGAGGUAUCGAAGGUACAACAGAAGGCCAGAAUCCUGGAGGAAAUGCUACAGAAUGGACAGGGAAUCCCCGAGGGUGAUGUUUUUGAGGAACUUGCAAAUGCGCUGCAAAGUGCGCAUCCCAAGAUUCAGAAGAUGUGUGAAGAGGAAUCAGAUGACCCCGAGGCCGUUCACAAGCUGUUGGAGAUCAACGACAGUAUACAUCGCACCAUUGAGCGGUAUAAGCUGGUUAAGCAGGGUGAUAUAGAUGCUGCCUCGAGAAUCCCCAAGGGAACCCUUGGCACAACCACCGGAGUGUCUAAGAAUGCGAACAAUGAGCUCUCAUUGAUUGACUUUGACCCAGAGCCUAGCUCCAAUGGCAAUGCCGCUCAAGCCUCGCAAAGUGCCCAAGGCAAUACUUUGGAGAAUGACUUGCUUGGACUCUCCCUUGGUGAUGAGAGUCCCCAGCCAGGUGGUGGCAUUUCACUGGGAGGCAUGGGCUUUCCUUCGAUGCCUUCUGGGCCAUCUCCGCCUGUAGCUGCACCGCAACAAGCACCGGGUUUCAAGGCAAAUUAUGAUAUUCUUUCAUCAAUGAACACAUCUCGGCCUGCGUCCCAGGCUUCGACCCCAGCUCGCACCCAAUCACCUCAGGUUCGACAGACCGCGACUCCGCCUGCGGCUGAUCCCUUUGCAUCGUUGGUUUCCGCCAGCCCUCGACCUGCAAGCGCUGCUUUCCAGUCCCAUGUUCAGAAACAAUCUGCUCCAGCCUCUUCGUCUCUGCUUGACCUGAUGGGAGGCCCCAGCCCACCCUCGCAGUCCGCCGGACAGGCUGCCCCAGAAGAUGACGAAUGGAACUUUGCAUCCUCCCUUCCCCAGAGUACCACCUUGCCCUCGACAAAUCAAGUGCAGGUUCUCAACAACCAGCUCCGGGUCGAAUUCCACGCCCGUCGUGUGCCAAAUGCGCCGCGCCAGAUCUACCUCCGAGCUAAUUUCUCCAACACCACGAGCCAACCCAUUGGAGAGCUUCACUUCCAGGUUGCAGUGGAGAAGUCCUACACACUGCAGCUUCGCCCCCAGUCUGGCCGAGAGAUUGCGCCUCAGCAGCAGAAUGGGGUGCAACAAGACAUGCUCCUGGAUGGCGUUGACUCCGGUAAAGGCAACUCGGUGAAAAUUCGGUUUAAGGUUUCCUACAGACUCGGAGCCGAAGCUCGCGAGGAGCAAGGCAUGGUCCCCUCUCUGGGCAUUUACUAA